AUGGAGCUGGUGUCAGGGUUAAAAGGCUUUAAGACUUCAAUGAGGAAAUGGAUGAUCCUAAGACAAAAGAUUUCUUUAUCGACAAGCUCGACAAAUGAUUAUGAGAGAGGGGUUGGAAGAGGUUUGGUAGCAGGACUGUGGAAGGAUGAUGUGAAAGAGAUUUUGGAAGAGAUGGUUGGACUACUAGAGGAAGAGAAGAGGCUCAAUGAAUUUAAGGAACCCAAUAUGGUGCUUGUUACUCGACGCUUCUCCUGCCUCAGUAGCGGGUCCACUUCUCUUCGUCGUCGAGCAAGCAUUCCACACUUCCUAAGAUGCCGUCCGCCGUUGUCGUUCCUGCGUGGUUGUUCUUGGCCAAGCAGUGAAGAAGGUUCUAACCCUAGGGCUUUUUUCUACGCCCCCACCGACACUGAGUGUAGUACAGAACCAUUGCUGCGGCACAUACAAACGAAGAUAGUUUGGAUUUUCUUGAAGUUGAAAACUAUUGGGUUGCCCAUGGACAACACAUCUGAAUCUUCAUCAACUCGUCCAUGGCUCUGGGUCAUUGAAACCCUAGUGAGUUGUGGGAAAAUAGAAAACUAUACUUUACAAGCCCCUGCCGUGCCCAGUGACUUUGAGAGAAACACAAUAGAAUUGGUUGCUAGGAGAUGUUUGGAGGGCUCGCUUGGUUCUGCAGGUGGAUUGAACUUCGAUGCUCCCUCUAGCCUGGAUUCAAGACUUGGGUUUGCUGUUUCGAGAAGUUGUGAAGAUGUCCUCCAUCAAAUUUUGCAUGAGGUACCAUUGUCAAGUGCUGAUAUAGCUGGAGUAGAGAGUAUAAAACCCGAUGUAUACCCAUUUAUUGACAAAAGGGCUGGCUCUAUUAAAUUGGAACUGGAGCAGCUGAAAGAAUCAGUGAUUGAAGGUACUCAUCCAUGUGCUGAUCGCUUAAAAGAAAGGAGUGAGCUGACACUUCAGAAACAGGAUUAUCCCGUGCCUGCUAAUGAUGGCAAAUGCAAUGAUCUUUCUGAAAAGGAUAAUAGGGAUCACUCAUUUGAUGUGCAUGAUAUGCAAUACUUACAUGAGAAGCAAGUUGAUGUAGAAAAAUGUGAUGACUUCCUAAGAAGUGAAAAGAAAAAUAAAUGCUAUCCACUAUCUAAUAUCGAGUUCAAGAAUGACAAGAGUUGCCAAACUACAUCUUUCCUUGAAGCUAAGGUUGAUAAUGAGCAUCAUAUUGUGCCUGUUCCAGCAAGUAUUGAUGAUCCAGGAAAAGUUCAACGCAAGAGUAGCAAGUCUCAAUCUGAACAGGAUACAGAUAUUCAACAGAAGGAACCUAAUGCUGCAUAUCCUAAUGAAGAGUACGAGAGGAGCUCACAAUCUUAGAGAUUUGAGGGCAUUUUGAAGCUUGUGAGCACUAAAAGUAAGCUUCUUAAGUCCUAACCUUCCCUUCUCUUCUUUUCUAGAGAAUUUUUGAGUUAGGGUUUGUGUUGGAGGAGUGAUUUUUAGACUUUUGAGGCUAUGAGUCUCAACCCAUUGAUUUAAAUAGAGUUAAUGGAAGUCAUUUAUGUUAUUUAGGUUUAUGAUUUUGUACAUUUUUUGUGAUUGAAAUCCAUUAAUAUUCGAAUAUGGCCCAUAAAUGAGGUUGUUGGUGAUA